AUGUCCCUCAGGGACGGGGGUUUGGGUAUUCCAGAUUUAAAUGAGCUGGUAGCCAGAACUAAGUAUAACAUCUUAAGUCGGACCGAAACCACCGAUGAUCCGUUAGUGGCCGCCUUAGCCCUCACGCCCUAUGUCCAGAAGGAGAUUAGGAAAUGCGAGGAUAUGAUCCGGAAGGCGAGGAAUUUCCAUCAAGAAUUCAUGGCACCAUAUCAGGGAGAGCAGUGUCCACGCCUGUCCGACCGGAAUCUUAAGCCGGACCUGAUCAUAAAUAGGAAGGACGGGACUAGGGUCCUCAUCGAUGUAACGGUGCCUUUCGAUGGAGGGGGAUCGUUACGGAAGGCAGCAGACGAGAAGAUGAGGAAGUACGGUCAGGUUGCCAAUGAGAUCGGCGGGGGGAACUUGGAGGUGUGGCAGUUUGUCAUCGGAGAACGAGGUAGCUGGUGGUCAAACAAUAGUAAGAUCAAAAAUCUCCUGAAGAUCACUGGCAGAGAGAUUCGUUCCCUACUACUCAAUACCAUACGGGCCUCUAUUGUCAUGGUUCAUAGAUUUGGGAAGACUGUCAACUAGUC